UGCCGGAGCUCUGGGUCUCGUCUUCAGUGGUCUUUGUUCUCUGCUCCUAGAGGUCCAUCCUCUGAGGCCCCGUGACCUGCGGUAUUGGGAGAUCCAAAGCUAAGACUCCAGGACCCCCCUGACAGCCGAGAAAUGGGACCAUUGACAUUUAUGGAUGUGGCCAUAGAAUUCUCUCUGGAGGAGUGGCAAUGCCUGGACACGGCACAGCAGAAUUUAUAUAGGAGUGUGAUGUUAGAGAACUACAGACACCUGGUCUUUCUGGGUAUUGCUGUCUCUAAGCCAGACCUGAUCGCCUGUCUGGAGCAAGAAAAAAAGCCCUGGAAUAUAAAGAGAAAUGAGAUGGUGGCCAAACCCCCAGUUAUAUGUUCUCAUUUUUCUCAAAACCUUUGGGAAGAGGAGGGCAUAGAAGAUUCUUUCCAAAAAGUGGUUUUGAGAAGAUAUGAAAAAUGUGGACAUGAUAAUUUACAGUUAAAAAUUGAUUGUACCAAUAUGAAUGAGUAUAAGGUGCACAAAGAAGGUUAUAAUAAACUUAACCAGAGUUUGACAACUACACAAAGCAAAGUACUUCAGUGUGAUAAAUAUGCAAAAGUCUUUCAUAAAUGUUCAAAUUCAAACAGACAUAAGAUAAGGCAUACUGAAAAUAAACUUUUGAAAUGUAAAGAAUAUGUCAGAUCAUUUUGCAUGCUUUCACAUCUAUCUCAACAUAAACGAAUUUAUACUAGAGAGAAUUUCUUCAAAUGUGAAGAAUGUGGCAAAACCUUUAACUGGUUCUCAACCCUUACUUAUCAUAGAAGAAUUCAUACUGGAGAGAGGCCCUACAAAUGUGAAGAAUGUGGCAAAGCCUUUAUAUGCUCCUCAAGCCUUACUAAGCAUAAGAUAAUUCAUACUGGAGAGAAACCCUACAAAUGUGAAGCAUGUGGCAAAGCUUUUAAACAAUCCUCAACUCUUAUUACACAUAAGAAAAUUCAUGCUGGAGAGAAAAACUACAAAUGUGAAACAUGUGGCAAAGCUUUUAAACAACCCUCAACUCUUAUUAUACAUAAGAAAAUUCAUGGUGGAGAGAAACAUUACAAAUGUGAAGAAUGUGGCAAAGCCUUUAGGUGGCCUUCAAGCCUUCAUAACCAUAAGAAAAUUCAUACUGGAGAGAAGCCCUACAAAUGUGAAGAAUGUGGCAAAGCCUUUAACAGGUUCUCAACGCUUACUACACACAAGGCAGUUCAUACUGGAGAGAAACACCACAAAUGUGAAGAAUGUGGCAAAGCCUUUAGGUGGUCUUCAAGCCUUACUAAGCAUAAGAUAAUUCAUACUGGAGAGAAACCCUACAAAUGUGAAGAACGUGUCAAAACCUUUAACAAGUUAUCAACCCUUACUAUACACAAGGCAAUUCAUACUGGAAAGAAACACUACAAAUGUGAAGAAUGUGGCAAAGUCUUUAGCUGGCCCUCAAGCCUUACUAAGCAUAAGAUAAUUCAUACUGGAGAGAAACCCUACAAAUGUGAAGAAUGUGGCAAAGCUUUUAGACAAUCCUCAACUCUUACUACACAUAAGAAAAUUCAUGCUGGAGAGAAACCCUACAGAUGUGAAGAAUGUGGCAAAGCCUUUAACAAGUUGUCAACCCUUACUAUACACAAGGCAGUUCAUACUGGAGUGAAACACUACAAAUGUGAAGAAUGUGGCAAACCCUUCAACCGGUUAUCAAACCUUAUAGAACAUAGGAGAAUUCAUACCAGAGAGAAGUCCUGCAAAUGUGAAGAAUGUGGCAAAGCCUUUAGCUGGCCCUCAAGCCUUACUAAGCAUAAGAUAAUUCAUACUGGAGAGAAACCCUACAAAUGUGAAGAAUGUGGCAAAGCUUUUAGACAAACUUCAACUCUUAAUACACAUAAGAAAAUUCAUGCUGAAGAGAAAAACUACAAAUGUGAAGAAUGUGGCAAAGCCUUUAGGUGGUAUUCAAGCCUUACUAAGCAUAAGAUAAUUCAUACUGGAGAGAAACCCUACAAAUGUGAAGAAUGUGGCAAAGCCUUUAACAAGUUCUCAACCCUUACUACACACAAGGCAAUUAUACUGGAGAGAAACACCACAAAUGUGAAGAAUGUGGCAAAGCCUUUAGGUGGUAUUCAAGCCUUACCAAGCAUAAAAGAAUUCAUACUUGAGAGAAGCCCUACAAAUGUGAAGAAUGUGGCAAAGCCUUUAACAGGUUCUCAACCCUUACUAUACACAAGGCAAUUCAUACAGGAGAGAAACACUACAAAUGUGAAGAAUGUGACAGCCUUCACCUGGGCCUCAAGGCUUACUGACCAUAUUUAAUACUGGAGGAGACACCCUACCAUUGUGAAGAAUGUGGUAAAGACUUCAACUGGUCCUAACACCUUACUAAUCAUAAGAUAAUUCAUAAUGGAAGGAAAACCCCCAUAAAUGUAAAAAAUGUGGUGAAGCUUUUAACUAGUUCUUAACACUUACUGAACAUAGAGAGUUUAUACAGGAGGGAAACCUUACAAAUGUGAAGAAUGUGACAAGCCUUUUAACUGUUCCUCAAUCCUUACUAAACAUAGAUAAUUAAUACUGGAGGGAAUCCAUUCCAGUGUGUGGAAUGUGGCAAAGCCUUUAACCAGUCUGUAAGGAUUACUACAUAUAAGAAAACUCAUAGUGGAGAGAAACCCUGUAUGUGUGAAGAACGUGGAAAAGCCUCUAACAGAUCCUCAAUUCUUAACUGACAUAAGCUAAUUUAUACUAUAGAGAAACUCUAUAAACCUAAAAAUGUCACAGUGCUUUUGGCAACACCUCAGACUUCUGAAUGUAAGAGAAAUUGUAUGGAUAAGAAAUGCGAAUAAUGUGACAAAGUCAUUAAAUGGCUGUCAUACUUGAUUGUAGUAAGAUAUACUGGUGAAAACUACUAAUGUGAAUAAUGUGGCAAAACAUUUAACCAGUGCUCACACCUUAUUGCACAGGAAAGCAUUUCUGUUUGAGAGCAAAUGUACAAAUAUAAAGAAAGUGUAGGCUAGGUACAGUGCCUCACACCUGUAAUCCCAGCACUUUGGGAGCCCAAGACAGAUGGAUCAUUUGAGGUCAAGAGUUCAAAAUCAGUCUGGCCAUCAUGCUGAAAUUUCAUCU